GUUUUACCAACCACACCUUCCCCUCGCUGAUCCCAAGAGCUUGUACUCACAUGCAAGUUGCGACCCACCCCGCGCUUUCGCUUGGUCGGCCGCGCGGGCUGUGGUGCGAUGCGUCGUGGACAGUCUAGCUUGGGUUUUCUUUUUGUUGUGACAUGAGCUCUGCUUUGAUGUCUCUGUAUCGCUUCGCCGUGCCUGUUCAGUCCUCGUUACAUGUGAAAUCUGCUUACUCCGAGGUUUUCCUCAAGAGGUUUGGGUAUGGCUUCUGUUCAUGAUUGUAAAUGACCUGCAGCCUUUUGUAUCGUUUUUGCUAUGGCUAACAGUCGAUCGGAGCUGCCCAUUGACUGCUUCAGUCUCUGUACUCCGCUGCAAUGGUAAUUGGAUGUGAUGGAGUUGGGGGAUGCUGGAUAUCCUUGAAUUGCUUCGAAUCACGGUUGUUGUGAUCGAUCAUGGUGUUCCUUGAACCGGAAAUAAGCGACAAUGCUUUAUUGUGAACUAAAAUUGCAGCAAAAGAACAGGAUCAUUAUAUAUUUUCCUUACACUCUCUCCAGAAUUAGUUUGGACAUGAAGAGAAGCUUGGGUUUCAGUAUGGGUCACUGACACCUUGGUUAUUCUCAGGUGUGUAUUUAUGCAACACUGAAUUCUCAGAUGCGACUGGCACAUUCUGCACUCUGUCACAAUCUUGGAUCAUACUAAGAGAUUAGCCUUCCUGUUUUCAGACAGCCGUGUUUCCUGCAUCAUUUCUCUUAAACCACUCACCGACAUCCGCGUUAUGUGUGUGUUGAGCAUUGACCUGGCUUGACAUGAAUGGGGGGUUCACCUUAAGCGUUUUGACUUGAUUGAACGUCAAAUGACCACGUUCUUGUCAUCGAUGAGGUCAAUUUGAGAUUAUCCCAGGCAGACGUUCUAUUACCAGGCACUGCAUUGCCGACAACUACUAAAAAUUUGCGUGCCGCCAAAUUAUUGAUUUCGCAAUUUCAUUGUUACUUCAUGUUAGUUCAGUGGGUACAGCUGACGUAUUUCAACUAUGGGGUGCUUUGAUUUUGUGCCAAAACGGCCCGAGUUUGAAGUGAAGUCUAAGGAGAAGAACAUCCCCUCGGGUUCUGGAGAGGAUAAUGCAUCAGCCGUGAAUUCAGGUAGCUAUGGUCCAUCGGAUUCAAGCAUCAAGGGUGAUUUUGAUGCUCUGUCGUCAUCAGAGUCUGUUCUCAUCAACCCUCCGGGUAACCAGUUUUCACAAAGUGGUUCACUUCGGAAACCAAACGAUCUCAGAGAUUUCACAUUCCAUGAGCUUAGAUAUGCAACUAAGAAUUUUGAUAGGAAAAGUCUCUUGGGAGAGGGCGGAUUCGGUCAAGUGUUCAAGGGCACAAUUAGGCAGAAACAGAAUUUUGGCGGAGGAGAAGAGAAAAUAGAUGUUGCCGUGAAACAACUGAAUUCUCGGGGUGAACAGGGCCAUAAGGAGUGGCUAGCGGAGGUGCAUUUUUUGGGGCUGGUGGAUUCCCCACAUUUGGUGAAGCUCAUAGGGUACUGUGCAGAUGAUACCGAUGAAAGAGGAAUUCAAAGAUUGUUGGUGUAUGAGUUCAUGCAAAAUAAGGGUCUCGACGAUCACUUGUUUCGACCGGGACCAAAUUCUCUCUCGUGGCCCACAAGGGUAAAGAUAAUCUUGGGAGCAGCGCUAGGUCUUGCCUACUUGCACGAAGAUAUGGAGUUCCAAAUCAUUUUUCGUGACUUCAAGACUUCAAAUGUGUUAUUGGACGAAGAUUUUAACUCAAAGCUGUCAGAUUUUGGGCUUGCUAGACAUGGUCCUCAAGAAGGCUACAGUUAUGUCUCUACUGCGAUAGUUGGCACAGCAGGAUAUGCGGCACCGGAGUACAUACAGACAGGUCAUCUCACUAUGAAGAGUGAUGUGUGGAGCUUCGGCAUUGUCAUGCUGGAGGUGCUAACUGGAAGAAGAGUCAUGGAUAGAAAUCGGCCAAGGAAUGAACAGAGAUUAGUAGAAUGGGCGAGACCCUUCGUCAAUGACCAUCACAAACUCUAUCAAAUAGUUGAUCCUGCUCUAAACAACAACUAUCCAGCUAGAGUAGUGCAGAAAUUUGCGCAGCUAGCGUAUCAAUGUCUAAACAAGGUUCCAAAAAGUAGACCAAGGAUGAGUGACGUAGUGGAAAAGCUGAAGAUUGUGCAAGAGAGAACCCUUCACUGGGAAUCUACGCCCUCUCAAUCUCCGUUACAUAAGGGCAGGGUGUCAACAGAGUCUCGGUCUUUGAGCGCUUCACAAGAACUUUCAAGACCAUCCAAAGGAAGUCCCAUAGGUCUACCCCUUGGCUUGUCAGGUAUCCAAAUCGGCAAACCAACAAAGUCUGGCUCAGAAGUAUUCGGUAAUGUAGAUGUAUCACAUCGAAUAUCAAAUCUGAUUUCAGAAGGUUCGAGCCAUUCUCCAAAGUCUGUUGGCACAUCAGCAGCAGGAAGUUCAACGGCAGCCAAUAUAGAAGGGGAGAAACACACUCUUGGAAAAGCUGGGAAGGAGCCGAACUUGGUGGAGAAUGUCGUUGAGGGACGAAAGCAUGAGGACUCGUCUGGAGGUAAUCCAAUAGCUACAUCAGAUACUGCAAAGAAAAGAUCACGAGCAGGCCUUGACAGAUUGGCAAGAAUGAGUCGAGAGAGUGGCCGGUUUAAUUGGAUUCCGCGGCUUUCCUUCUCCACUAACGCCCAUUAGUGUAACUUGGGGUUGAUGGGAUGUCGGGUGCACUGCAUGUGACAAAUGUCUUGGCAGUGAAUUACAUAAUACUUUACCAUAAGCUGGUUGUUCAAGAUGUACAAGACAUAUUGACACAUGACAGACUAACAUUAAUCUAUUGUUAGAUUUGUUAAUUCUUUGUACAGUAACUGGGUGUCCAAGGAUUUACUGUAAGUUAACAUGUGUUCUCUGG